ACCAUUAUUGUGUGAGCGUGCAAGUUAAAGGCAAGAGUCGAGUUGAUCAGAAACGCGUUUUAAUUGUCUCCUGUGUCGGUGCGCCUGUAGUUUUGAAUUUAAAAUUGUAUGAUUUGAUAGCUGUGCCAUCUGUUAUGUAUUUAAAGCCUGGGACCGUAUAUUCGCAGCAGAAUGUUGAGUGUGGACUCGUUGCCCGUUGCGGAAGAGGAGGUGGUGGAUUCCAGCUCAAACAGACUGGGGGACAUUUACACGUUUGUUGCCGAGGGCUGUUAUCCUCAAGCCAUGAAUCCGAUUCGCAAGAAAAAUCUCAAAAGAUAUGCUCAGAAAUUUACGAUUGACGAUGGUCGAUUGUAUUAUGUGGGACCAAAGAAAGAAGAAAAGCGAGAAGUAGUGAUUGAGGCAGAGCGGAAGAGACAGAUAUUCCUGGAAUGUCACUUCAAUGACAUUGGACAUCACCUGGGACAGAAGAAGACUGUUCACAGAAUUCAGAGUAAAUACUACUGGCUUGGCAUUGUCAAGGAUGUUGUGGAUUGGAUUAAAGUGUGUGAAACGUGUCAACACGCAGAGCGGAAUAAAAACCUGGCUAGAACGGUACGACCCAUCAAGGUGGAUGGUCCAUGGGACAUUUUGGCCGUUGAAAUAAUUGGUCCAUUCCCAGGCACUUCACAUAGAGGGAAUACACACAUUGUUAUUAUUACAGAUUACUACAGUAAAUGGGUAGAGGCCUUUCCUGUACAAAAGAAAGAUGGUCUCUGUGUUGCGCGAUGCAUUUCCUCAUCUACUUGCAGAUUUGGUCCUGCAAAGACAAUAUUUUGCUCACAAAGUGCUGACUUCUGUGAGGAGGUUACAAAGCACCUGUGUGACCGGUGGAAUAUAGCGCAAAGAGUGUUGUCGGUAGACCAGCCACAGCGGAACGCACUGUAUGAUCGCAGCAGUAAUCUGCUGAGAGAUGCCAUAAAACAGAUGGUGGUGGAGAAACAGGUGGAGUGGGAUGAUUUUCUCGAUCCAGUUUUGGCCACCUUUAGGACAUCAGUCAACCCUACGACAAAAUUUACACCACACUUUUUAAUAUUUAACAGAAAAGCCAGCCUAUCUAGUGAGUUUGAUCCUCUUAGUUGCUAUCAGGACCAAGAGGAUGAGACCCUUAAUGAAGAGGACACAAACGCUUUUCUUUCCUCCUUGCAGGAGCAACAGAAUAACAUCAAACAGAUGGUAGUUACAAAUAUGAAUGUUGCAUACAGACAAGAAAAGAAAAAUGCAAAACGCAAGGCUAGAAAUAUGCCUUCCAUCACUCUCACUGUGACAGACCCAUUGUUCAGCACGGAGGAAACGCCCUCAGCAAAAAAGCUCAAGGAAAGCCUCUACCUGUCUUUUCCAGUAGAGACAGUCCUAACCACAGUCCAGAAUGUACCUGAAGCCAAGAAAAAUGGCUUGGAAUAUCCUCUAACAGACUCUGAUGUGCAUUGAAAAUCUCUUUUGAUUUGACUAUUCAUAAAGCACUAUAGCAAAGUGUAUUUGCAUAGGCUACAGCUUGAAGACUUGAUAUCUGCAGUAAGUGGUCCACAGAGAGCAGGUCAAGCAGAUGAACUCAUGUUCACUUUCUGUUUCAGUACAUAAUGUAGCAGAUUAAAAUAUGGUAUUUCACCUCAAGGCGUUCAUUGACACAGAUGAUGGUCUUAGUUUUUUGUUUAGUUAUUGAACUAAACACCCAAAGAUUUAGUUGUUUUGCUUGGUUGACUCAUGUCCCAAAAGACAUUUUUAUCUGUAUUUGAUUUAGAUGAGUCAUCUGACCUACAGAGAUUUCAGUAUUAUCUGAAAGAAUGUUGUGUAAACUUAAAUUAUGAAGAUUGUAAUACUCAGUGUUCAUUAUGACAGAAAAUAGUUGAGACAGUUAGUUAUUUAUCUCAUAAAUAGCCUACUUUUUGCUCCAUUAUGUUUUAAAUUAUGAUAAAUGCUAUCCAACAUUUAACUGUUUUAAUUUGCAAUAAACAUAUUUGAUAAUCAGUUAAAUUCAGUUACUCUGUGGCCAAUGUGACAUCUCAUGCAACUUCCUGUUUGCCUUUGAAAUAACGAGGGUUGGACAAAGGUGCAAGAACGUGACCACAGAUUGCAGCAUAUUUCACAAUGAGGCUGACCUCACCUUGUUACAUAUAUCAUGAUUUGGACAGCAUGCCAAGUGGCAACAUGUCUGAAAUAAACUGUUUAGUGUCGAAAUGUUGUGUUCUUGUUUAAAAUCGCGUUUUUAAUAAUUCAGAAAACGUUUCUGUUAUAAAUUUCUGAUUUUAUAAAUGUAUUUAAUUUUAUAUAAAACCAACCUAUUUGAGCUGUAAAAAAUGUUUUUAACUUUAAACUGCACUGGUACAAUAGAAAUCCAAGUGGUGAUUAAAGUCUAUUCAAAGCCUCAACUGUGAUUAUUAAUAA